CCUUUUACCUCUCAACCGCGACGGCUCGAUAGCACGACCUUUUCGCAUCCUAUUUUGAAGUUAACAUAACGAACACGACCAUCUACAAUCGCGAAUUUUGUUGAAUCAUCACGACUCGCUGCCUGAUCCUCGAUUCUCCCCAAGGAUCAUGGCCGAACUACUCACGGAGGAACAGGUCGAUGGCCUGUUGGCAUUUCUCAGAAAAGAUGCCUCUAUUGAAGCCAAGGUUCAACAUGUCACUGCCGUGAAGUCUGAUAUUAAACACUACAGCGUGCCCGACACUUGUGUCGCGCCUCUCUUCGAAGCUCUUCGACUCGCCUCAAGCUCCCAACACUCUGUGCUCGUCAAUGCCGGUUUUACCACGCUUAACCAUCUCUUGACGCGCAUGUCGCUCCAAGAACCUAAGUUCAUCGUCAAAGAAGCGAAACACACGCUACCACUCAUCGUCGAGAAGAUGGGUGAUCAGAAAGAUAAGAUCAGAGCUCUAGCCAUACAAGCAAUGGCGACUAUAUAUAUCCAGGUACCAAUGGACGCCGAAAGAUUUGUGCGCAACACUGCCAUGGCUGGAAAGAAUCCCAGAGCAAAGGAGGCCGGCAUGCAAUGGUUACUACAAAUGAACAAGGAACACGGCUUGCAAUUCCGCACCUACGUCCCAACUUUGAUGGAACUACUAGAAGAUGCUGAUGGCAUGGUCCGAGAUGCCGCCAAGAGCACCGUCAUAGAAUUAUUUAAGGACGCGCCAAACGCAGCAAAGUCUGACCUCAAGAAGCAGUUGAAGAACUUUAAAGUACGACCUGCCAUAGAACAAGCCAUCGUGAAGGCAUUAGCCCCAACUUCUGCGAGGGCAGACCCGGAAUCGAGACCGGGCUCGUCGAUGAUGCAGGGGCGACCGAAUCUGGCUGCGAGUGUUUCGUCGCUGGUUAGCGACCGGCCAAUAACACCAAUGCCGGAAACCAAGGCGGAGUCGGUUGAGCCCUCAUACGUCAAUACCCAACGAGAAUUGGAUGACACGAUCAAGGACAUGCACCAAUGGUUCGAGAGCAAGGAAACCGAACAAAAUUGGUUAAAGAGAGAAGAGAGUAUCACCAAGUUACGACGACUUAAUGCUGGCAAUGCACCAUCCGAUUUUCCGGAUGUCUUUGUUAAUGGCUGCAGAGCCUUACUCGAUGGCAUUAUCAAGGCUGUCGUCUCUCUACGAACCAGUUUGUCCAAGGAGGGAUGUGCCCUCGUCCAGGAUCUAGCCAAUACUUUUGGACCAGGCAUCGACCCAAUGGUCGAACUCCUCAUGCAGACUUUCAUCAAAUUAUGUGCUGCUACAAAGAAGAUCACAUCUCAAUUGGCCAAUGCCGUCGUGGACACCAUCGUUGGAAGAGUUACUUACAACGCUAGGAUCAUGCAACACGUAUGGGGUGCCUGUCAGGAUAAGAAUGUCCAACCGAGGAUGUACGCUACAGGUUGGCUGAAGACUCUGUUGAAGAAAGAGUCGCAUCACAAGAAUCAUCUCGAACAUGGUGGAGGCUUGGACAUGAUCGAGAAAUGUAUCAAGAAGGGUCUCAAUGAUGCAAACCCCGGAGUGCGCGAGAAGAUGCGCUCAACGUACUGGGCGUUUGCUGCAAUCUGGCCCGCGAGAGCGGAAGUAAUCAUAGAUAAUCUUGAAGCCACUGCACAGAAAUUGUUACAGAAGGAUCCUAACAACCCGAAUUCUCCGAAGAAGUCCGAGCCGGCCUCACGGCCAGGCUUAGGUCUCUCGAAGAGUACCAUGACUAGCACAAAGCCUUCGCUGAGGGAGGCGAUGUUGGCACAAAAGAGGGCUUUAAAUACGAGGAAUCUACCUUCUCGACCGGGAUCUGCUAUGGCCACGGUCACGCCGGCGCGGACGGUGUCUGGCUCGUCAAAUGUAUCAUCCGCUUCACAUGCGACCGCUCCUGCAACCCGAACUCGCCCGGAACGCCCAGAAAGUGCGAUGAAGUCUCAUGGCGGUAUGUCGGUGGCACCCAUGCGUCCAGCUAGAAGAAGACCGGACAUUGCACCUCGACCUGCUACUGCCGGGCCCUAUUCUGUCCGGUCUCACGAUGGUCCAUCAAGGGAGCACACAAGCCCCACCGAUACCGCGAAAUCAAAAGGUGUGACGCCAAAGACGAUCUCGGGGUCACCUAGAAGGACGGCCCCAAGAACACGACCUGGUCAUGCAGCAACUGCUAGUGAAUCUAGUAUCGCUCCAACACCUUCGAAGCCAGCAAAUGGCAAAGCAACCAAAUCUCCAAGGACUAGUCCGACUAGAGGUCCAGUGAAGAGUCCGGGGAAGGUUAAGCCACCAUUUGCAAGUGAACCUAACCUUAGCAGCCCUUCAAAUCCGAAUGAGGAUAUCACGCUUGUUGUGCCAACAAUUGCUCAAUUAAAGGAGAGCGCACGGCCAGCUGCACCCAAGUCUUCUCCUUCUCCUAGAGCAUCGAUAAUUAUCGAAGAUGUGGAUGCAUCGAUCGUCUCCAAAUCCGCAUCAGCCACUCCAACCCCAACACCGUCAAAAGCCCUCAAAGUUUACGAGGAUCCCUUUACGGAGGAUCAAACGACUCCUCGUCCGUCGGUUAAUCCUAUUGCAGAGCAACCAGUGCUUAAAGAUAAGCCCAUUAAUGAAGAUGCUGCUAAUCUGUCUCAUCCCCCGACAGAGACGAAUGGCACCAACGGCAGUCCUCUUGUCUCUCCGGAUAAGUCUCGCCAAAACUCUCGUCUGAUCGAAAGUGGCAUUGCUAGAGUCAAGGCCCAGACCCUGGACGUACAUGGUUUCCGCAAGUUGCAGAGUCUUCUCCGUGAUAACAAGAUAGUACUUGAGGAUAGCAAGUUCGACGCUUUGUUACAGGGGCUUUUCGAGUAUCUCGAAUCUCCUCUCGGUAACAUUGCCCCUGAGAAGAUCCAGGAUGUGAAAGCGCAGAUCCUUGCCACUAUUAAGUUGCUGCUCAAGAAAUCUCGCGAUAGAUUCCAACCCCACGUGUCGCGCGGACUACAGGCACUGCUUGCUGCACGCACCCGCUACGACGCUCGAACGCAUAUCGUAAGCGGGCUAGAGCUGCUUGCAGACGAACUAGUAGUACUCGGCGACGCAGCUGAAAUCACAGUGACUAUGACGAAGAAUCUGACCAAGAUGGACAUGGACACCUCGGGCCACCGUAGCCUAAGCAUGGGACUCCAUGUACUCAAAGAGCUCGUGGAUACGAGGACUACGUUCUCACCUAGUGAAAAUGAGAUCGCGGGCCUACUAGGCCUUGCGACCAGGUGUCUCGAGAGCAAAGAAAGUGGCGUCCGAAUGGAUGCCGUUCAGCUCUGUGUUGCGCUACACGCUCGCUUGGGUGAGGCUAAGUUCUGGGAGAGCAUGAAGAACAUCAAGGACGAUCCUAAGAGCUUGAUUACCUACUAUAUCGUCAAGAGGCAGAGGGAGAACGGAGUUUCUGUUGCCUAGGCGAAUACGGGUAACCGGGUUCUUUAAACACCUUGGCUUCUCUUCCAUCAGUACCAUGAAUUGGUUCUCGAAAGUCAGGCAUGCUUUUCUGGUCUGCCUUGCAUAUACGCACAUACUGUCGUUUGGUCGGUCCCAGGCACUACACUACAUAGUCAUUAGUUAGGCGCUGGUGGUCUCUCUAUCUCUCUCUCCGUCUCUGUUUUUGCAUUCGUCGCGAUACCAUUACUUUGCCUUACCUUAAAACUGGAGUCGAGUUGAUUCAUGUGUACCUAUCUAUCUACUCUGCCGUGCUGCUUUGUAUCAUACCCACAUCUUUUGAGGACCGGGAAUUAUACCCUGAGACGCGGUGGCGGAUACGGGGGAUCCAAUUAUACCUAACGGGCGAAAAAUGGCGAAUCGGGAUUGCUAUUAGUACCUAGGUAGUGCCGUAGCUACCACGGCUACGGGGAAUCAGGGAUAUUAAGGGGCGAGGGAUGGGAUGGGAUGGGUUUACCGUACAGAUUUUGUAAUGAUAGUUGUUGUCACUAGUGAGGAAGUAAGUUGUCUGGAGGGUGGACUUUUGUGACGGGGUUUUUUGUAGUUCAAUCGAUGGGAUGAUACCUGAUUAUCUGAUUUGGCUGCGUUUGGAGAUUGUGCGUGAGUGAGUGAUAUGGAUGCUUUGUGGUUGUCUGGGUAGGUAGGUGGGAAUUAGUGUAAUGGUAAUGUGAAUGCUUAGGGGUUUAAGGAUCCCGUAUUAGUC